AUGGAGAAGAAGUUUGGAAUGGAGAAGAAUCUACUAAUUAAGGAAGCAAAAGAAGUUAAGGAGGGUGGAGAAGAAGUUAGGGAAGGAGAAAAAGUGAAGAAUGAAGAACAAGUUAGGGAAGGAGAAGAAGUUAAGGAUGGAGAACAAGUUAGGGAAGCAGAAGAAGAAGUUAAGGAUGGAGAAGUAGUUUGGGAUGGGGAAGAAGUGAAGGAAGGAGAAGAAGUUAAGGAGGAGGAAGAAGAAGUUUUGGAUGGAGAAGAAGUUGAAGAUUGA